AAGCUUGCAGAGAGCAAGGAGCUCUAGAGGUCUUUCUGAAGACAACAAGACCAUUCCCAGGUCCAGAGGAUGAGCCCAAUGCCAGCAACUUUUUUGGGCAGUGCCCUCCGAGGCACUUUCUUCUUUGCCUUUGGCCUGUGGUGGUCGGUGAGGUACCCCCUGAAGUACCUCAGGAGGAAAGGGGAUGCUGAGGGCCAGCCAGGCCGUGGGCGCACAGAGGUCUUCGAAGGCGCAGUCAAAGCUUUCUUUGCUCUAGUAGGGAUAUUGGUGGAGCAAUUUGUGCCCACUGGUCCUCACCUGCAUCUGUACAGCCCCAAGACACACAGCUGGACUGACCUCACCCACUGGCACUACUCCACCAUCUACCUCUUCUUCCUUCUCUCUGGCAUCACAGAGGUGGUCUCACACUCUCCACUCAAGCUGCCCCCUGGCUUGGACCGGCUCUCACUGUCCCUGGCUCUGCUUGUGGAAGGUUUGCUCUUCUGUUUCCGUGACUACAGUGGCGCUGUGCUGGACCAGCACGUCCACUCCCUGCUGACCAUUGCUAUCUUUGCUGGAGCCCUCUGUGCCCUCCUAGAGGUGUUCCUCCGAGACCAUAUCAUCCUGGAAACCUUCAGGACCAGCUCCUUCCUUCUCCAGGGCUCUUGGCUAUGGCAGAUUGGGUUUGUGUUGUCCCCUCCAUGGGGAGGACCAGGCUGGGAUCAGAGCGACUCCAGCAACCUCUUGUUCCUCACCAUGUGUUUCUGCUGGCACUACAUGGGCGCUUUGGCUGUUGUGGCCGCCAACGCUGCUGCAUCCCGCUGCUGCAAUGAGUCCUGCCAGCUAAAAUUUGGAGACAUCGACGUGGAGUUGGACUGUGGCUUGUGCCUCCACAGAGGGAAGAAGAGCUCCAGUGGCGCCUUGCUGCCAGAGAGCAGCUCAGAUGACAAAUGAGGCUGUGGUGGGCAUGGAAAUCUCUUCCCUGAUGGUUUAGAGCUCUUGAGAUGAGGUUUUUAAUUAGUCUUGAUAAACUACAGUGGCACUUGACAGUGGAGCAUUAGAAGUAGAAGGCAGGACCCUGAGGCAGAGCGUGACAGAACAUGCCAAGUCUUUCCUUGUGCAUCCCUUUGGUAGCCACAAGUUCUUAAUUCUCUGAGCUGCAGCUCAGGCUGCAGACUGCAGGACUAGUUUUCUGUUGGAGUCCAACUGGAGUGACAAAUCUGAUUGUUUUUCUAACGUUUUCCUUUCUGCUUCCUCAGAAGGGAGCCAAGCCAGCAUUCAAAGCUCCUGGUGGCUGUCAUCCUGGUCUUCAUUGAGAGGGUUUUGUACAAAGCUGAAUGUACAGACUAUCUGUGAUCACCAAUAAAGUGCUUUAACACA